AGUGCAAGCUCUAAACUUCCCCUUGCUCGUGUCGCCCACGCAACCUUGUCUUAACCAUGACGAGGAGCACGUCGGUGACAUGUCUGUGCCAAGCUUUUCUCUUGCCUCUGAAUCGCGAAUUGGAGGAAGAGAUCGGCCUUUUAGAGGCGACGAUUCCUUUUCCACUACCGAGAACCCCGACUGUAAUGGUGCCCUCGGGGGGCUCUAUGGUGGAGAGGGUGUUGGUGCUGUCACAAGCAUCAGCACUUCGCCUACCAAAGCUAACAUAGCAUUUGUGCAUUCUAGUGCUAGUGAUAAUAAUGAUAGAUUUAGUGAUAAUUUAGGAAACUGUGAAUACGUUCCCGGUGUGGGAACUUCUUCUGGAGUGACCGUGGCAUCCGGUGGCACUUUAUACCACGAUGCUAAUGGCAAAGUUGACUCUUGUCUCCACAUGGAAAUGUCCUCUAAGUCUCAAAGCGGUGCUGUACGUUUCUUCCCUUCUUCGUUUGUAAGUACCUGCCCCUUUAAUGGUUCUUCCUCGACCAUGAACUCAGGAAAUUACAAUGAAGGACCGUCAAUCAACUUCAUCCCAACCACCAAUGACGUAAUAGAAACUUCUCGUGUACAUCACGUAAAUUACGAAGCGUCUGUUGAACAAAUAGAAACGUCCUUCUUUGGACAUUCUGAGAAUAAGUUCGAUAAAACAUCAUUUUCUGAUAUUAGAAACUUAGCUUCUACUUCUGAAACCCCUGGAUGCUGUGAAAAUACUGCUUUAGAAAUCUUGCCUUUGGUCGUGGAAUCUUUGAACCGGUCUCAGCUUGCCGUCCCAGAAUUACCCCCGAGACCGGAUUCCAAUUGCUCGGCCAUGUCGGUGAGUUUCGUUUUCCCUGAUCCUCCCUCUGCGUCUGUAGAAGAUCAGUCCAGUUGCAGCCGGGAUCAAAAAUUGAUCGACUUCAUUGAGUUUAAUAACCGUAAGCUAUCGCUCUCUGAAAUAUCCAAGUCCAGUGUUGUCAAGAAAAAUAAGCCGACCUUGGCAGCUGGUGUCUCUAACGCUGAUAACUCCAUCCGUGGUAAGCAUGUGUAUAAAUUGGUUGGUAACUCUGGUAAGCUCGAGUCUGACGUGUCAACCCUCGUGAGGGAGAAAUCUCCCCACAACUCCGAAAUUAACCACUCACAGAAAAGAGGGGAAGAUACGCGAUCGAAACUUGACUCGAUUUUCUCACGAUUUUUCCCUAAAAGCAAAAACGGCAAGAAAAAAACUCAAGAUUCACGUGGUCUUCCACCAGUUUCAUCCUCCCCUUUUCUCCCUCUUCCAACUUCGCAGCAUUCGAGUUUGCACCAUCCUUCUUCUCCCUCUACAUCAUCGCAAUCUUCAAUGUGCCUGCCUUUGGACUCCAACGUCUACAACAACAACAAUAAUAACAAUAAUAACGAAGAAAAGAAUGGUGGUGCAUCGUUAUUUUCCACGUCAAAAAACAACAUUUGCAACAACAGUUACGAUGGCAACGCCAACAAAGCGUCGUGUCCCUCCAGCCGACCGGGGCCGGCGAAGCUUAGAAAGCCUUCCGUUGCCAGGUCCAGGUAUCGUAGGCGUCGCAAAAAUACUUCCAGCGUUUCAUAAAUAAAUCGAUACGCUUAUCCCUUUAUCCCUAUUUCAUUUAGUUUACAUCCUGUAUCAUUUCUUCUUGCAUUGUGUUUAGUUUCCCGCAUUGAAUAUUCAUUUUGGGAAAUAUAUAUUAAUAUUUGGAAGGAGAUUGUGUUAUCUUUGGCUGCAAUUUUUUUAUUAGACCGAAACUUUUUACGGUUUCGGAAUUGUCUGGCUUUUGUAGCUUUUUAUAUGCCUGGUGCUAUUGAAAUAAAACCUCUUUCAUAUGCCAGAAAGUCAUUGUCAAUGUAAGUGAGAAUCUCAGAUAAUUUCUGAUACGCUGUUGAGAACCAUUGGUUCGUGGGUCGAGAGUUUGGUGCACUGUGGACCAUCUUAGCCCGGGUUUUUAAGUAUUUUUUCAAGAAAAUUAUUUAAAUUCGCCGAUAUGGAAACGGCCUACACUAACCAUAUUGUUGCCUUUUCAUGUUAAUUACUCAGCAAAUAUUCCGUUUAAAAUGUCAUAUAAAUCGGUCCGAUGCUCGAAUGUAAGCAGUGAAAUUUUUGAAAGCGAUGGUUUUGUAUUCAUUUCUGAAAACCUCUUUUCAUUGUAAACUUAUUUCUUCAGAGCUUAUGGCAGAGCCUGCACUAACAUGUCAUGUCUGAACGAAUUAGGUGAUUCUGUUCAAACUGAUAUAAUUUUAUUGUGUUCUGUUUUAAAAAUCAUGAAAUGGAACAGUGCGAAUCAAGUUACCUGUUCAUGAGUUUUCGGCAAAAUUCAUGGAAAAGAAAAUCGCGUGACAAGUUUACUGUUCAUGAAUCUUGUUCGAUUGGUUUUCCAGGCAGCAGGAUGACAUUCUCAGGCCUGCCGCUUUUAUCUUCAAACUUUACAGUUAGGUCUAUUCUAUGCCUAAAGUUUGUUGUUCUACGCCCACUCUAUUCCAAGCCCAAGUCGAUUGUGAGCUCUGCACCACUUUCUCUCUGUCUACUCUCUUCUGUCCAGCUUUGCAGCACUCCACUCUAUUGUGUGCACCACUCUUUCCUUCACUCCACUCUA